CAUUUUGGAUUAGCUUCCAUCUCUGACAAUCGUAUGCAAACCACAUAAGCUAGUACAAUUGACUUCCCAUGGGGGAAUCAGCCGAUCGCCGCCGUUCCAUUGAUCCGACCAACGGCUUUUGCCGCCAAACGAGAACCUUCCAUAGUCUCAGACCAGAAGUACCUCUCCCACCGCCUUCUCAGCUUCUCUCCCUCCCUCAGUUCACCCUUUCCCUCCUCCGCUCCUCCGCCACCGCCUCCGACGGAGACACCACUUUCGCCGUCAACGCUACUAACGGCCACAGCAUCUCGUACUCCGAAUUCAUCGCUCAGUUCCUUUCCCUCGCUCACUCGCUCCAGAAAAAUUAUUCCCUUUCCCGAAACGACGUCGCUUUUAUCCUCUCCCCGCCAUCUCUCCAUGUCCCUCUGCUCUAUUUCGCUCUCAUGUCGUUAGGAGUCGUUAUUUCUCCCGUCAACCCGCUCAGUUCUGACUCGGAGAUUGCUCACCAGGUUCAACUCACUAAACCUGUUAUUGCCUUCGCCACCUCUAAGACCUCUUCCAAGCUUCCUUCUCUCAAACUCGGAACAAUCAUUCUCGACUCGCCCGAGUUCAUCUCUUUCUUAUCUAAACAAGAUGUUGAUCAUGACGUCAUUAACCGAGUCCAGGUGAGUCAGCAUGACACGGCGGCGAUCUUUUAUUCUUCGGGGACUACCGGGCGAGUCAAAGGCGUGAUGCUUAGUCAUCGGAAUCUAAUCGCGAUGAUUGCCGGAUUUAACCACAGCCGGCACGGCCAAAAGGAUACGAGAGCACCAUCACGUACGGUGUCGUUUUUCACGGUGCCUCUGUUUCAUGUGUACGGCUUCUUUAUGAUGGUGGGGGUGUUUUCAAUGGGAGAAACGGCGAUUUUCACUGAGAGAUUUGAUUUUGAAGGAAUGUUGAGAGCCAUAGAGAAGUACAAGGUUACUUACAUGCCAGUUUCGCCACCGCUUGUGGUGGCGCUAACUAAAUCAGAUUUGACUAAAAAGUACGAUCUCAGCUCGCUUACGAAGCUCGGAUGCGGUGGCGCUCCGCUUGGCAAGGAGGUUACUGAGCUGUUCAAGGAGAAAUUUCCUACCGUCGAACUUAAUCAAGGAUAUGGUCUGACUGAGACAGGAGGAGGAGCCGCCAGGGCGGAAGGGCCAGAGGAGGCAGCUCGUUAUGGGACAGUCGGCCGUCUUUCCGAAAAUACAGAAGCUAAGAUAGUUGAUCCGGUGACUGGAGAGGCCUUGCCUCCUGGGCAGAGAGGGGAACUCUGGUUGCGAGGGCCAACAGUAAUGAAAGGGUAUGUAGGCAAUGAAAAGGCAACCGCUGAAACUGUGGAUUCAGACGGGUGGUUAAAAACCGGUGACAUUUGUUAUUUCGAUUCCGAAGGGUUUCUGUACAUUGUAGAUAGAUUAAAAGAACUGAUCAAAUACAAGGCAUAUCAGGUCCCUCCUGCUGAAUUGGAACAUUUGCUUCAUUCCCAUCCUGAAAUAACCGAUGCAGCCGUGAUUCCGUACCCUGAUGAAGAAGCCGGGCAGAUUCCUAUGGCCUAUGUAGUGAGAAAACCUGGAAGCAGCAUCACCGAGGCUCAAGUCAUUGAUUACAUUGCAAAACAGGUAGCGCCGUACAAGAAGAUCCGGCGUGUUGCUUUUACCGAUUCGAUUCCUAAAAAUCCGGCCGGAAAGAUCUUGAGGAAGGAACUGAUAAAUCAUUCAUUAUCUGGUGGUGUGUCUAAACUGUAAUACCAUCCAUAUCUGGAACUUUUGAACCCCAUUCCAUAUCUCUUUAGAUGCAUCGCACGAAUUGCACCAAUAAGUUCUCGAUGGAAUCGGAAGUUCAUGUUUUCAUGUUA